GAUGGCGGCGGACAGCGAACCCGAGUCCGAGGUGUUCGAGAUCACGGACUUCACCACCGCCUCCGAGUGGGAGAGAUUUAUUUCAAGAAUAGAAGAAGUAUUGAAUGACUGGAAACUUAUUGGAAUUUCUUCAGGCAAACCUCUAGAAAAGGGUGUUUAUACCACAGGAACAUGGGAAGAGAAAUCGGAUGAAAUCUUGUUUGCAGACUUCAAAUUCUCAGUUACCCAUCACUAUCUUGCACAAGGACCCAGUGAAAAAGAUGCGAAAGAAGAAUUGGUAGAAGAUGCCCUUCCUCUACCUAUGCAGGACUUGCUGUGUAUGAACAAUGACUUUCCCCCUAGAGCGCAUUGUCUGGUAAGAUGGUAUGGCUUACGUGAGUUUGUGGUUAUUGCUCCAGCAAAUAAUGAAGCAGUUCUUAGUGAAUCCAAAUGUAACCUUCUGUUGAGUUCCAUUUCCAUUGCUUUGGGAAACACUGGCUGUCAGGUACCACUAUUUGUGCAAAUACAUCAUAAGUGGCGACGAAUGUAUGUUGGAGAAUGCCAAGGCCCAGGAGUUCGAACUGACUUUGAAAUGGUUCAUCUUCGUAAAGUGCCAAAUCAGUAUACUCAUUUAUCAGGUUUACUAGAUGUCUUCAAAUCCAAGAUCGGGUGUCCGUUGACCCCACUGCCUCCUGUAAGCAUGGCUAUUCGGCUUACGUACGUGCUUCAAGACUGGCAACAGUAUUUCUGGCCCCAACAGCCACCAGACAUAGAUGCUCUUGUUGGAGGAGAAGUUGGAGGCCUUGAAUUUGGGAAGUUACCGUUUGGUGCCUGUGAGGAUCCUAUUAGUGAGCUUCAUUUAGCUACCACAUGGCCUCACCUAACGGAAGGUAUAAUCGUUGACAACGAUGUUUAUUCGGACCUCGAUCCUAUUCAAGCACCCCAGUGGUCUGUGCGAGUCAGAAAAGCAGAUAAUCCUCAGUGUCUGUUGGGUGAUUUUCUUACGGAGUUCUUCAAGCUUUGUCGGCGGAAGGAGUCAACUGAGGAGAUACUUGGAAGAUCUGCAUUUGAAGAAGAUGGAAAAGAUGUUGCUGAUAUUACCCAUGCUUUGUCGAAGCUUACAGAGCCUGCACCAGUCCCAAUCCAUAAAUUAUCUGUUACAAAUAUGGUUCACAGUGCAAAGAAAAAAAUUCGCAAACACAGAGGUGUAGAUGAAUCACCUUUAAAUAAUGAAGUUCUGAAUGCUAUUCUGCUGUUUUUAUUUCCUGAUGCUGCUGACAAACUCACAGAUGGAUCUGAAAGCAGAACUAGUAUUUCAACAGGAAACAAUUCUUCUCCAGAGAAUGAAGAUUAUAAUCUCUUCAGUCAGUUUAAAUCUGCUCCUUCUGAUAGUCUGACGUACAAACUAGCUCUGUGUCUUUGCAUGAUAAACUUCUACCAUGGUGGAGUAAAAGGAGUGGCACAUCUUUGGCAAGAAUUUGUGUUAGAAAUGCGCUAUAGAUGGGAGAACAACUACCUUAUUCCAGGAUUAGCUAGUGGCCCUCCGGAUCUGAGAUGCUGUUUACUGCAUCAAAAGCUUCAGGUCAGUAUCUCCCAAAUUGAGAAUGACUUUUCUCAUAAGGAAAUGGUCAAAAAUAAGGCAAUAUUAGCUAAAUAUUUUAUUGUUGUAGGCUUAAUUACAUCUAUAUUAUUGGCAGCUAAUCCUGGUUGUUGCCUGGAGGAUUUUGUGAGGUGGUAUUCCCCUCGGGAUUACAUCGAAGAGGAAGUGGUUGAUGAAAAGGGGAAUGUGGUAAUUAAGGGUGAGCUGAGCGCCCGAAUGAAGAUUCCCAGCAACAUGUGGGUAGAGGCCUGGGAGACAGCAAAGCCUGUCCCAGCCCGCAGGCAGAAGAGACUCUUUGAUGACACUAGAGAAGCAGAGAAGGUGCUUCACUAUCUUGUAGUUCAGAAACCAGCUGACCUUGCAAGGCAUCUUUUGCCUUGCAUCAUCCAUGCUGCUGUACUCAAGGUAAAGGAGGAAGAAACACUAGAUGGUAUCUCUUCAGUUAAGAAGAUCAUUAAGCAGAUAAUAUCCCAUUCCAGUAAAGUUCUGCGAUUCCCAAAUCCAGAGGACAAGAAAUUGGAAGAAAUCAUUGCUCAGAUCAUGAGUGUGGAAGCAAUCAUUGCCAGGGCCCGGUCUCUGAAAGCAAAAUUUGGGGUGGACAAAUGUGAAGAUGAGCAACAGAGAGAAGAUUUACAAAGAUUUGUCAACUCUCUCCUGGAGCAGCCAGAAGUGGCAGUUGUUGGUGCAGGAAGAGGACCUGCUGGGAGCAUCAUCCAUAAGCUGUUUGUGAACGCUCAGAGACUGACUGAAUCUUCUGAUGAGGUAACCAACUUUGUCCCUCGUUUCCCACUCAUCUUCCCUAGUUGCAUAGAGUCAAACCUUUUGGUAGAUACUGUACAACACCGUGAUUUGGUUUGUACUGUUAAUCCACAUAUUAAGCAUAAAAAUAAUGCUUCUGCAAUGACCUCGCUUGAUGAAGAAGCGAGGCGCUCAGGCUCGCCAGACGAGCGCCGCCUCAGUGCAGGAGCCGUUUCGGACUUCCCGCCGCCCACGGGCCGGGAGGUGAUUUUACGUGCGACUGUCCCGCGCCCGGCCCCGUACUCCAAGGCGCUGCCCCAGCGCAUGUACAGCGUGCUGACCAGAGAGGACUUCCGCCUCGCAGGGGCCUUUUCAGCAGAUACAACGUUCUUCUGA